AUGGUUGGGUUAGGAAACGGAAAGAGAAAUAGGACAGAGGAUAGGGGGCGUGGAGAAGAAGAAAGAUGGUUUAAUGCGCUGGAGAGUGAAGGAACCUUCGGAAGGAAAGGUUUCAAGAGCUUGUCAAAGAGAGACAUGAUCAUUGACAUCCUAGCGUCUUGA